AUGUUUUUAGCUGUAUUCAUUAGUGCAAUAGUGGUCAACUACGCGCUGAACGAAAUCGAGGAUUUUCAAUGCCGUGAUCAGUCUGGUGAUCCAGUCGAUUGGUUUAUUUUCUAUAAACUGCCGAAAAUUGAAACAGUUUUGAAUAGCAAUAUUAAAGAGGGAAUAGCAUUUUUAUACAUGGACUCAAAAUCGAAAAAUUGGAAACUUUCUGAUAAAAGUAUUGCUGAUAAGAAUCAAGCACUUUCAUAUACGCUUGAGCAAAAUUAUCGCUUACUUCAUGAAACUCAAGUACGACUUUUACGACCUAAAUCGUUAACCGAAUUCAGCUCGAAAAAACUAGCGUGGGAAUUAGGAAGAACUAGCGUGAAAGAUAAAUUAUUUCAGGUACUGAGUAUUUAUUAUAACGAUGAAUUUCCCUUUCCACAGGAGCAUGUUUGUUCGGAUGUUAGUGGACAUACUAAAGGCUUGAUUGCAUUUUAUGAAGAAAAUGGUUACUGGCUAAUCCAUAGUAUUCCAAAAUUUCCGAGGAAUGAUACAUAUGAAUAUGCAUUCAACGCUAGAAUUUAUGGACAAAUGGGCAUAUGCGUAUCCCUGAAAAGCACUGCAGUUCAAGAUAUUGCUAUUCAACUUUACUACAGUUGGCCAAAUAUCUAUUCGAUUAAUAUUCCCAAAAUAUUUGGCAAAGACGUGCCCAUUCUCUAUAAGCUUCGAAAUGGUGAGCAUGCGAAGGGUCAGCCGACCAAUAGAACGGUGUCGCUAACUAGUACCAGUGGGCAAAAUUUCAUGCAUUUUGCUAAAACAGCAGAAUUUCGUCGCGAUUUAUACGCGGAUUUUGUUGCACCAACAUUGAUGAGCGCAUUAGCGGUAGAAACAUGGCAACAUGGAGCAAAAGAUGGAAAUCUCGGUCCAUUUUGCAAAUCUAAUCAUCACAGAGUAUUGGACAUAAAGAGCGUAAAGCGACCAGAUGGAGGAGUAUUCUCGAACUAUCUUGAUCAUUCGAAAUACGCAAUCACUAUCGAUAAUGGUUUCAACACCGUAUGUGUGGGUGACAUAAAUCGGCAGGUACAACAGAAAGUGCAUCAACUUAAGCGCGCUGGUGGUACUCUGUGUUUGCAAGAUGCUAACGUCCAUCGAAGUUAUCAGAAUUUAAUAGCCGAACUUUCAAAGUGUCCCAAUAACUUUUUAAAAUGA